AUGGCAUUGAACGAGGAGAGUUCAGAGAGCAGGAAGAGUGCGAGACUGGCGAUAUUAGAGCUAGCCAACAUGAUUAGUGUUCCCAUGUCUCUCAACGCUAUCGUCCGUCUAAAAGUCGCCGAUGCUAUCUGGCGAGGUGGCUCCAAUACUCCUCUUUCUGCGUCUCAGAUUCUUCAACUUGUUGAUACUGGAUCUGCCUCUGGAGACCCUGAGAAUUUGCAACGCAUCCUUCGCAUGCUCACUAGCUACGGUGUCUUUGAGGAACACCUCACCAACAGUCAUGAUGGUUCUGGUUCCGAGAGGAAGUAUUCUCUCACGGAGACUGGUAAAACGCUUGUUACGGAUACCGAAGGACUCUCCUACGCGCCUUACGUGCUCCAGCACCACCAGGAUGCGCUGAUGAAGGCAUGGCCAUUGGUUCAUGAGGCAGUGUUAGAUCCCACCACAGAGCCAUUUGUGAAGGCUAAUAAUGAGCCUGCAUAUGAUUACUAUGGGAAGCAACCAGAAAUGAAUGAACUGAUGCUGAAGGCAAUGUCAGGUGUAUCUGUGCCGUUCAUGAAAGCACUGUUGGAUGGCUAUGAUGGGUUUAAAGGGGUAGAGAGAUUGGUUGAUGUAGGUGGGAGUGCUGGGGAUUGUUUGAGGAUGAUCUUAAAAAACUCUCCUGGUGUACGUCAAGGGAUCAACUUUGAUUUGCCUGAGGUGGUUGCCAAAGCACCUAACAUUCCUGGUGUUGUACAUGUUGGUGGUGACAUGUUCAAGUCAAUUCCUGCUGGUGAUGCUAUCUUCAUGAAGUGGAUUUUGACAACGUGGACAGACGAUGAAUGCAGGCUGAUUAUGGAGAACUGCUACAAGGCACUUCCAGUGGGAGGGAAGCUGAUUGCUUGUGAACCAGUGCUGCCUAAGGAUUCAGAUGAUAGUCACAGGACACGAGCUCUCUUGGAAGGUGACAUAUUUGUCAUGACAAUCUAUAGGGCUAAGGGUAAGCACAGGACUGAAGAAGAAUUUAAGCAGCUUGGUAAGUCUGUUGGUUUCUCUCAUUUCCGUGCAUUUCAUGUUGAUUAUUUCUACACUGGUUUAGAGUUUCAAAAGUGA